AUGGGCUCCGCCACCGUCGAAGAGUACAUCGAACUGCUCAACGCGGAGCAGCACGUCGACCUCCAGAAGCUGCGCGACUAUGCCCGCCACGGCACCCAGCCCGACGUGCGCGGAGAGGUGUGGCUCUACCUCCUCGGCGUCCUCUCCGACGACAAGGGCCAGGAGAUGACCUCGGUCCGCAGCAAGUACCUCGAGUACGAGCAGAUGGACAAGCACAGCCCCGCCCUCGAGAAGCGCAUCCGCGCAGAGUGCUCGAGGUACUACCAGAAACGCCUGGCCGCUCGUCCGCCACCGGGGCGCAGCCUGAUGCAGUCGAGCCGUACCAUCGGAUCCCGUCCGCCCGGCAGCACAGCCUCGGCCUCGUACUCGCGCCUGCACAGUGACGGCGCAGGCGUGGCCGUCGGCGGGGCGUCGACCAGCGGCUCGGCCAGCAAUGCCAUCGUCGUCAGCCUCGACCGCGGCCCCAACCGCGUCAACGACGGUCGCAUCCACGCCCUCGGCGGCAUCAUUGGCGACAACGGCGUCACCGCCGCCAUGGAUGCCGACGACCCCGAGGCAGUCGCGGCCGCAGAGCUCAAACGCUUCGGUCGCAGCGUCGAGAACGUCAUCUGCGCCUACCUCAACCGCUACAGCCACCCUUCGCGCCACACCCGCGAACAGAGCCGCGGCCACGGCCUCGGCCCCCAUCACACAAGUCUGGACCGCUACGGCAACUCGUCGACGAGCUCGUCGAUACAGGGCCACAGCUCCGACGUUGACGACCCGGGCCUCUCGCAGGCGCAUCCGUCGCGGUCAGAUGGCGUGUCGGCGCUCGAGUCGGCGGUCGACGCCACAAGCUCAGAGGACGGGUCAAUAUCGCGGCAGCAUUCGGCCCAUGUGCACCAUCACAACCACCACCAGCAGUCACAGCAGCACCUGCACAGAGAACGCGAGGGGCCGGGCUCGAGGUCGCGCUCGAGGGCGCCCUCGACCGGCCAGACGCUCGAGGGGUCGCUCAAGGCCCGCAUGCCACGCGAGUACGAGUGGAUGCCUCAGAUCGAGACGACAAGAGACGACGGCACCAACGCCGGGCCCGGCAGCGGCCUUGCUGGCGGCGGGAGCCGUGGUGGUGGUGCUGCGGGGACGCCACGCGAGUUCCACCCGGCGCUCGUCUACCUCUGCGCGCCGUUCGUCAAGUGCAUCCGGGUCGAGGCGGGCAUGUACUUUGCCUUUGAGAGGCUCAUGACCAUGAUGGCCGAGUACAACGCGCGCAAGCCGCUGCCGCUGCAGGUGGCCACCUUUCUCACCCUCUUCCGCACCACGCUGCCCGAGCUGCACUCGUACUUCGAAGAGGAGGAGGUCGACAUCAUCAGCGUCGCCACAAACUGGCUGCAGCACCUGCUGGCCGGCGAGCUGCGCAUCGAGGAUCUGAUGCGGCUGUGGGACACCUACUUUGCGGUCGCCGAUCCGAUCGACCUCCAUCUCUACGUCUGCAUCGCCAUCCUCACCAACUGCAAGGACUCGCUCGAGGAGCUCGACCGGUCAGAGACGAGAAGCAUGCUCUACAGCCUUCCGCCGCAGGACAUCGAUCGGGUCGUCAACGAGGCGAUCAACAUACGUCUGAGCCAUCAGCAGGCGUUGAGGGAGCAGGAGGAGGAGACCGAGGAGGCGGACGUCUGA